UUUUCAGUACGCAUGUAUGUUUGGUGAAGAAAAGUUAUGUUAAAGCGCGAAUUGCAAAGUAUUCAGCUGAAGCUGUCCGAUUUGGAGGAGUACGAGGCUGUGCGUAGGCGCAACAAGAUUAAAGCCGCCAUUGAAGCGGGCAGGUCAUCAUCAGCCACGGCCACGGCCACCGAAACGGCCCCAUCGACUGCCAGCGACUCGACAUCCGAGACGCCAGUGACUCAACGCCAGAUGGAGGACCUGCCGGCCGCUGUUGGAUGGUCAACAGCUGUGAUUGUCAGCAGCAACACCAAUUCCGGUUCCACCGAAGACGACACCAGUGUGGUGGCUGUGGCCGAUGACAACGACACCAUCGCCGAGCUCAGCGACGAUGGCUGGGUGGAUAUUGACGAGGAGGAUGGCGCUCGUGGCGGCGAACCGUAGUUUACAGCUCCAAUCAGCGAUAGUCGCACAUUUUUACGUAUAUUCAAAUGCUACUCUAUAUGUCGUAUGAUCAUUUUUGUCCGAAAAACUCAAAAGAAAACAAAUAAACCGAAUUUAUACACA